AUGGGCGUCCCUCAUUGUGGGUGUCCCUCAGUGUGGACGUCCCUCAUUAUCGUCCUCAGUAUGGGCGUCCCGUGUGGGUGUCCUCAGUAUGGGCGUCCUCAUUGUGGGUGUCCCUCGCAUGGGCGUCCCUCAGUGUUGGUGUCCCUCGGUAUGGGCGUCCCUCAUUGUGGGUGUCCCUCAGUAUGGGCGACCCUCAUUGUGGGUAUCCUCAGCAUGGGCGUCCUCAGUGUUGGUGUCCUCAGUAUGGGCGUCCCUCAGUGUGGGUGUCCUCAGUAUGGGCGUCCUCAGUGUGGGUGUCCUCAGUGUGGGCGUCCCUCAUUGUGGUGUCCUCAGUAUGGGCGACCCUUAGUGUGGGUGUCCUCAGUAUGGGCGUCCCUCAGUGUGGGUGUCCUCAAUAUGGGUUUCCUCAGUGUGGGUGUCCCUCAGUAUGGGCGUCCCUCAGUAUGGGCGUCCCUCAUUGUGGGUGUCCUCAGUAUGGGCGUCCUCAGUAUGGGCGUCCCUCAGUAUGGGCGUCUCAGUGUGGGCUUCCUCAGUGUGGGCGUCCUCAGUGUGGGCCCUCCCUCAGUGUGGGCGUCCCUCAGUGGGCGUCCUCAGUAUGGGCGUCUCUCGUGCGGGCGACACACAGUGUGGGCGUCCUCAGUGUGGGCGUCCCUCAGUGUGGGUGUCCUGUGUGGGUGUCCUCAUUGUGGGUGUCCCUCAGUGUGGGUGUCCUCAGUAUGGGCGACCCUUGGUGUCCCUCGUGGGCGUCCCUCAGUAUGGGCGUCCGUCAGUAUGGGCGUCCUCAGUGUGGGUAUCCUCAGUAUGGGCGUCCUCAUUGUGGGUGUCCUCAGUAUGGGCGUCCCUCAGUGUGGGUGUCCCUCAGUAUGGGCGUCCCUCAUUGUGGGUGUCCCUCAGUAUGGGCGUCCCUCAGUGUGGUGUCCUCAGUAUGGGCGUCCUCAGUGUGGGUGUCCCUCAGUAGGCGUCCUCAGUGUGGGUGUCCCUCAGUAUGGGCGUCCCUCAGUGUGGUGUCCUCAGUAUGGGCGUCCUCAGUGUGGGUGUCCUCAGUAUGGGCGUCCCUCAGUGUGGGUGUCCUCAGUAUGGGCGUCCCUCAGUGUGGGUGUCCCUCAGUAUGGGCGUCCUCAGUGUGGGCGUCCCUCAGUAUGGGCGUCCCUCAGUGUGGGUGUCCUCAGUAUGGGCGUCCUCAGUGUGGGUAUCCUCAGUAUGGUCCUCAUUGUGGGUGUCCCUCAGUAUGGGCGUCCUCAGUGUGGGCGUCUCAGUAUGGGUGACCCUCAAUCCUCAGCAUGGGCGUCCUCAGUGUGGGUGUCCUCAGUGUGGGUAUCCUCAGUAUGGGCGUCCCUCAGUGUGGGUGUCCCUCAAUGGGCGGCCCUCAGUAUGGUAACCCUCAGUAUGGGUAACCCUCAGCAUGGGCGUCCCUCAUUGUGGGUGUCCUCAGUGUGGGUGACCCUCAGUGUGGGUGUCCUCAGUAUGGGCGUCUCAUUGUGGGUGUCCCUCAGUAUGGGAACCCUCACAUGGUCCCUCAUUGUGGGUGUCCUCAGUAUGGGUAACCCUCAUGGGCGUCCUCAUUGUGGUGUCCUCAGUAUGGGUAACCCUCAGCAUGGGCGUCCUCAUUGUGGGUGUCCUCAGUAUGGGUAA